UUCACGGCUUACGUGGCGCUGACGAGAUGUUUGUGUGUGGCCAUGCCAUUUACAGUCAAAUCCUUAUUUACACCAAAAUUUACAACGGUGAUGAUGGUGUCCAUUUCAGCCGUGGUGUUCGCCGCUUAUUUCGUCAUGUAUUUCUCUUUCGUGAUCAAGUUGGACUUUAGUGGAGAAUUCAACACGACAACCCCUCACUACGAGUACAGCGACUUGUAUCUGUCCCACGGGGACGUUCUGAACAGAUACUACAUAACACUGUCUGUGAUACUGCCAUCUUUGGCGUUCUGCAUCAUUUGCGUCAGUUCAGUUGUCACGUGGUACUAUUUGAAAAAAUCCACCAUUGCAGCUGUCUCAAAAACUAAGAGCCAAGAGAACUCUGAACGCAAAAUGUCCCAGAGAGAGAAAAGUGUAGCUAAAACGCUUUUGGUAGUUUUUAUCUUUUUCGUCUGUAAUAUUUUACCCACAUUGUCUUUUCACGUUGCACGGCUGGCCGAGCCGGAAUUCUUCAUGUACAAAAACUACCACAAUACUUAUUUGCUUCUGUUUAGAAUGCUGAUGGGCUUGGAUUUGUUGAACGCCUGUAGCAUAUUUUUCAUUUGCCUGAUAAUGAGACCGACUUUUAGGUCGCACUUAAAAUGUUCACGCUAUCUUAAAAAA